GGUUGAAAGAAAGAAACAAUGUUCUUCUCGUUCCAGGUCAAUGUUGUAGCUUGUCCAUCCACUAGCAGCCGACUGCACACUCAGAUCUUCCUCGACCACAAGUCUACGUCGGCGGCUCUCGAUGGACGUGUACCACUAGUCUACUGCGGCGGAAAAAAACGAUAUGCGACUUUGGGUACUGGAUCCCUCCCCCCCUUCUUCUUUGGUUGCCUUCUGUUCUCUUCUACAAGACCCUCCCGUUCUUGAUAUUCUUGCUUUCCCUUGCGAACGAGAAGGUCGUGUGAUGGAGGGGUGCACAAAAGGGGAUCCUGAAAACACACACUGAAAAGUGACUUGGGGUGAUAUCACUAUGUCGGAGACUUCUUUUGCGUUUGUUGUUAUGUUAUGA